UUUGUACAUUUUGAUUUUCUCUUUCCUUCCCACUUCCAAGCAAUUUUCUAUUCUCUGUAAUUUCUCUUUGACGAAGGAGAGUACAAGUUUAGGAACAAAGCAAGAAAUUUUUUUCUUUGAGGCGACCAAGAAAAGAGAAAAAUCCCCCCCAGAGAUUUUCUUGGGGCCGCAGCAAGCAGCAGCAGCAGCAGCAGCAGCAUCGGAUCCACCGCGUGCCUCGAAGCGUCAAUCAUUGUGAUCCGCGUGCGAAAAGAGAGGGUCUUGGGAGGGGAAUCAACUGCUUUCGGCCAAAGUGAUUUUUCGGGAGGUUGCAGCGGGGAGCUUUUUGUUCGUACACGCAUUCGUUUCCCCCGGCAUCAUCGGCCUCGUCUCGGGGAGGUAAAAGGGUUUACUGAGUUUUACUGACCUCGGUGUUGAGAAUUCAGCUUGAAGCUGGGUUGUGAGACCUCACUGAUCUGCAAAAGUCGUCUUUCUGAGGAGGCGAUGCUUUCUCAAACGUUAUGAGACUGCGUAGCUGACAGAGGACGGUGCCCGUGUUUCUUGUGCUUUAUGCGGGGUGUCAUUGGCACCUCUUAAUCCAUGGGGGAGUGGGUAAUUGGAGCUUUCAUCAAUCUCUUCGGCAGCAUUGCCAUCAACUUUGGGACAAACCUUCUUAAAUUAGGUCAUAAUGAGAGAGAAAGGCAGUCCAUGCAAGAUACGGAUGGUGCAAAUGGCAAGCAUCCUUUAAAACCUAUCAUACACUUUCACACUUGGAGAGUUGGCAUAUUAUUUUUCUUUCUGGGGAAUUGCCUGAAUUUCAUUUCCUUUGGAUAUGCUGCCCAGUCACUCCUCGCAGCUUUGGGGUCAGUUCAGUUCGUCUCCAACAUCGCUUUCGCAUACUUUGUGUUGAACAAAUUGGUGACGGUCAAGGUCUUGGCUGCGACAGCAUUCAUAGUCCUUGGAAAUGUUUUUCUUGUUGCGUUUGGUAACCAUCAGUCACCUGUAUAUACACCAGAGCAAUUGGCUGAAAAGUACAGCAACAUCACGUUCCUUUUUUACUGUCUGAUAUUGAUGCUAAUUGUUGCCUUUCAUCAUGCAGUCUACAGGAGAGGAGAGCUUCUUAUUGCAGUUUCAGGACAGGAGCUGAGACCAUACUGGCAUAUGCUACUUCCUUUCUCGUAUGCUAUAGUUUCAGGUGCCGUAGGGUCAUGCUCAGUGUUAUUCGCAAAAUCUCUGUCGAACUUGCUUAGACUGGCAAUGUCUAGCAACUAUCAGUUGCACAGCUGGUUCACAUACUCAAUGCUUCUUCUGUUUCUCAGUACUGCUGGAUUUUGGAUGACACGAUUGAAUGAAGGAUUGUCAUUGUUUGAUGCAAUUCUUAUCGUUCCAAUGUUUCAAAUUGCAUGGACAUUCUUUUCCAUUUGUACAGGAUUUGUUUACUUUCAGGAAUAUCAGGUAUUUGAUGCCCUGAGGACAACCAUGUUCAUACUGGGAAUGACGUCCGUAUUUGUAGGGAUUUGUUUGCUGGCACCUGAUGAGUCAAGAGGUGGUGAAGUAAAAGAUAAUCCAUCCUUAGCGUCUGUGACAUCUUCAGGCAUCUCAAGUGAAUCAGACCGAUUGAUUGUGUCAACUGGAGAUGGACACGGUAAAGAGAUGAGAUCAUCAUCGUUCAUGCAAGAAGUGACCUUCAGGAUUAUGGACAUAUUAGUGAGGGCGAAGAAUGCUUGCUCGGUUUCACUAGGAUUCACAGACGAUUCAAUCAACGCAUCUGCUGUGCUUGUAAUGCCCAUGGUGUCUUCAAAGAUCACGGGCUUCAGAAGCACUGGCUUCGACCGGUCAAAGGUGUUCUCCAUGAAGAACUUCGGGUGGAACAGGAUCUCGCUCGACGAGGAGGGUGCGAAGAUGUUGGACACGGCCGUGGUGCUCCCAUAGGAUUCUUUAUUCAGACUGUUGUAGCAUAUCAUCGAUUUGAACAUCCACGAAGUAGGGAUUGUUUAGAUUACACGUAUUUAGGAGCAUAUCCCUCUCGUUACGUAGUAGCCUCUUGUUUUGGCAUUUCGGGGCUCGAGGAUGGGGGGUUAGCACGGAGAGGCGACGUGCAUUUGCUGUAUAUCUUGGCUCACUUGAUGGACGAGUGAGGGACGUGGUGGCUGUUUUGAAAACUUUGCUGUAACUAAAUGAAGUGUAUCGUGAUCAAGUUCAUUACUCAAUCUUCACUCGA